AUGAUGGCAUCAGAAGCAGCAGCAAUAGCAGCAGGGGCAGCAGCAGCGCAGGGCGGCGGCGGCGGCGGCGGCGGGGCCAGCGAUCUGCCGGCUGUCGGGCAGCAGCAGCGGGCCAACGGCAAUGGCGGCGGCAGCAGCGGCGGCGGCGGCGGCGGCGGCGGCGGCGGCGGCGCCCUCUGGGGCGCGACUUGGCAGGAGGGCGGCAGCAGCCUGUAUUGUUAUGGCUGCCUGCGGCCGCUGGCGCCAGAGUCCGACGGUCUCGACGCAGCGGCCGCUGAGGACGGCCCGGGCCUUGUGCUGCGCUGCCAGCUGUGCCGGCGGCUGUUCUGUUUUGAGUGCGACGCAUACAUUCAUGAGAGCCUGCACAACUGCCCAGGCUGCGAGUGCGGCGGCGCGGCGCCAGCAGCGGGGGGCGACGGGCCCUCUGCGGGAGCAAACGGCAGUGGCGGCGGGGCUGCGGGCGGGGCACGGAGAAUCAACGGCGUGGAUUAA